CCUACCGCAGACCGCGAGGCGACACACUUGCUCCCGACGCCCGCCGACAUGAAGCUGCAGAUCGCCGUGGUGCUGCUGGCGCUCAGCGCUGCCUGCCUGGCUGACCACGCCCCGCUGGAGGAGCCCCAGAAGAAGCACGACAAGCGAGGGCUGGCGGACGUGGGCUACGCGGGGGCGGCAGGCUACCCCAGCGGCUACGCCGGCGCCGGCGGCUAUCCCGGAGGCUACGCAGGUGGCUACGCAGGGGGCUACGCAGGGAGCUACGCCCCCGCCGCGGUCCCCGUGUCGCAGACCGUGGAGAUCAGCAGGCCGGUGGCGGUGCCCGUGGUGAAGUACGUGGGCGUGCAAGUGCCGCACCCGGUGCCCGUGGCCGUGCCGCAGCCGUACGCGGUCGCCGUGCCGCACCCGUACCCCGUGCACGUCGCCGUGCCGCAGCCCUUCGCCGUGCCCGUGGUCAAGACGGUGGCCGUCGAGGUGGAGAAGCCUGUGCCGUACGCCGUGGAGAAGCCGGUGCCGUACCCGGUCGAGAAGCCGGUUCCAGUCACCGUGGAGAAGCACGUGCCGGUAGCCGUGCCCAAGCCCUACCCUGUGCCGGUGCCCGUCUACAAGCACAUCCACCACUACCCCGUCAAGGCACACCAUGGCUGGUGAACUGCGAACCGCCACGGAGACGAGCUGUCUGGUCACAUCUACCUCCCUCUGACGUCAGCGGGCCUCCGGCGCUGCAGCGCUCCGCCGCCAUCUUGUACAGUUGUUGUUACUUCUUAUUGUUGUAUUUAAUUUUUUAUACCUACAAAUAAACGCUUUUGAGUACAA